ACAAUAUGCACACUCACACUGGCUUCGUUGUUUCCUCUCUACCUGAGCAGCAGAUCAGUAUACGUUACACACGUAAUCAUCCUUGUUUCUUGUCACUCACCCCCAUGCAGGUUUCUGAUUGGCCGAGAGAAGCCAGGCACUCAGAGUGAGGUGGCACGGCUGAUCAGCGAGACCCUUGAGCAGGAACGGCAGCAGCAGCAGCAGGUGGACGACACAUACGAACAGUCUACUGAAGAGGACGAGCACUACGAGGAUGAGGAGGAAGGAGGGGAGGAUGGCAUCCUGGGUUCCAGUUUCGGCAGGAGGAAUGUGGAAGUGUUCGACCUGCCUGAGAGCGAAGAAAUGUUCCUGCCAUCAAACAUGGACACCGCUCAGCUAAUGUUCAGAUUUAAAGAGCUCCAGAUAAAACACACCAUCGCAGAGGCGGAAGUAGAUGAACUGAAAGAGAGAUUGAGGGAGUCGUCGGAGGAGCGUGCAGCGUGGGAAGCGAGGGAAGCUCAGUUAGAGAGGAGCGUUCAGGAGAACUCUGAGAGAAUCGCUCAGAUGGAGAAGAACUGGCUGGAGGCUCAGGCUCUCUGUAAAAGCAUCAACGGGCAGCUCAAUGACACGCAGAGCCAAUAUGAAGCUCUGGAUAAAAAAUACAGCAAAGCCAAGAAACUGCUCAAAGACUAUCAGCAGAAAGAGGUGGAGUUUGAUCAGAGGGAGGAGGACUUAAGGAGAACUCUGGAGGAGAAAGAGGCUACAUAUAAAACUCAGAUAGAGGAUCUGCAGCAGAGGCUGGCUAAACUUGAAUCUGGCAGUGGUCAUCAUGAGUCUCCACUGUCAGGCAGUAAGUCUGCAGAUUCACUUCUUUUGGGAGCAGACUGGAUUGAGGUGGUUCCUGAGACGGAGCGUUUGGACACCAGCGCCCAUCGUGCAAGGGCCCAUCUGGCUCAGAGAUCCAAACGGCAGCCACCGUCCCGCAGUAAACUGAAAGAGACGCUCAGCUCCCCGACUGGACGUGCACAGGGUGAUGAUGAGAGUGAAUCUUUGAGUCCCGAGUCUCCACUGCCUCGUAAGAGAUCAAUCCAGGAGAGUUUGUCCCUGCCGGUGGCCAUAUCUUCCCCUGCAAACCACCCAAAGGAUGAAGGAUCUGUUACGAGCAGCAGCCAAUCAGUGCAGAGGGAUCCACAGGGCCCCGCCCUCUCACCCCCCAAAGACUCCUCCCCCUCCAGCUUCCUACGGAAUGUAAAGAAGAGAGAGUCCAAAGGCAAGGGCAAAGAGGUCAAAGACGAGUCUAAUGAUGCAGCUGGAAAAACCAAAAGAAGAUUUCCAGAUUUUGGUGGUUUAAGGAAAUCUGGAGGAAAGGGGAAAAAGCUAAACAAAGAAGCUACAAGGGCAUCACUGGACAGCAGGGGUUCAGCAGAGUUACUGGAGGAGUCCGGGGUCCGAGUCUCCCCCUCAGAGUCCAUGACCUCCAUCCCCACCUGCAUGCCCUUCUCCUGGUUUGGAGAGAAGGACAAAGAGCGAGACAGAGACCCGUCGUCCUCCUCCAGCAGUCUCCCAUACACAACUGCAGAUGCCAGCGAACACACACACAACUCAAAAACCAAGACAAACCUCUCCUGGUCUUCUCUGUUCAGUCGCUCCUUAGAUUUGAGUUUGUCAGUGCUAGACGAUUCGAACCCCAGCAGUCCUGCGUCAGAAUUUUCUGGGCUUGUGGUGGAGCCCAACCUUUCGGGCCGCUCUCAUACGUUAACCUUCUCGUCCAGCGAGAUGCUGGAUGAGGAACCUUGCUCUGGAGGGAAGGAAUAUCAUUGGCAGAACCGUCCGGUCUCUGAUUGGACGUCCCAGCAGGUGUGUCAUUGGCUGAUGGGUAUGAACAUGGAUCAGUACACACCUGAGUUCAGCACACAGGCCAUCGAUGGACAGCAGCUCCUGAACCUGGACAGUGACAGACUCAAGGCUCUUGGUGUGUCCAGUCAGACUGAUCGUGCCACCAUCAAGAAGAAACUGAAGGAGAUGAAGAAAGCACAGGAAAAGAUGGAGAAACAGCGGGAGAAGCGUGAGAAAGAGGCCAGACGCAGCGGACGACUGCCCGCCAGCACUGACUCCAUCUGCUGAUGAUGUUCAGUGUCAUGUUUUCUUCUUUUCUUCAUCUUGUUUCCUUAAUGUUUGACACACUCCAGCGGCAGACUGUUACCACUUCCUCCAACACACACGAGCCGUUCUAGAGAAGUUACUGUCAGUGAAUAUCAUCAAAUACAGAGUACGGUCAGUAAUAACCUGUCAAACUGAAACACUAAUGAAGCUGCUUAUGAGAGCGUCUUUCCACAGGAAUUUAAUAAGAAAAGCAUUUACAGGCUCAACCCAUUUUUGGGCCUGUUGCCUUCACUGUUUUUUUUUUACUUUUUUUUCCAUUAAAAAUCUAAACAUACUGAAACAAGAUAAAUGUACUUGCAUAAGAAGCCAAAUUGCAUUAGAGACAUCGCUCAAUUUUGUUACAUUUGUAAGCUUAAUUUGUCAUUGACGAAACAUAUAUUUAAUUCAUAUUCUCUGAAAAGAAAUCUUUUUUCAGAGAAUAUGAAAUCAAGACAAAAUACUGAUUAAGAAAAUAAUUUUUGCAUUGUUCCAAGUGAGAGAUUCUUCACUAAGACUAGCUUGUGAGAAAAUGAAUAUGGCUGUCCAAUGUAUAGCAGACCAAAACUUUUAUUAGUUUUAAUUGUAUUUUAUGAAACCACUGUAGGGGCUAAAAAACACUCACUAAGGGAUAUAUAAAUAUUUAGAUGCUUAUUUUCACAACUUUGCCACUAACAUUGUGGCACGAAUAGUGCUUUUAAAAAGAUUUCAUGUUGUAUUUGAGUACUUCUGGCCUGUGGUGCUAAACGGGUCGUUCUGCUGGAAACUUGUACAGUCGAGUGAUAUUGAGCACUAUAUUUUUACUAUAACAAAGGGGAACAUGGUUUAUAAAUGUACAAAUGAAAUAUUUUAUACACAAUUAUUAGCAUAGCUUUAAGGAAAAGACAUUAACUUUUGUACACAUUUUCUACUAAGUAGAAUAGCUUGUUGGUUAAAACCAUUUUGCUAAUUCUGAAAAGCAGAGAGUGAAACUCAGUGAAAGGCGUUUGUACAUCUGAUCUUGAUGGUUGUUUUAUUUGGAUGGUUACUGUUUUUUGUUAUGGAUGUGGUGCAAAAAUACAUAAUGUUACAAAAUGUAGCAUAGUUUUAGCGGCCAUCACCCAGAUUGUGUUUCACUAAUAACAGAGGAUGUAAUGAAUACUGGAUUAUCAUCUGAUCGUAAGCUUUGUUUGAAGAGAUGCCACCUGUGCUCAUGUCAUCAUGAUUCUGUGUCCUGUGGUUAUAUUUUUCUACCUUGUAAAAUAGAUGAUUUUGGACACUGUAAGACAAAAUCAAACUUUCUGUCUGGUACAAAGUGCAAAAGCUGGAAAAUAAAUGCUUUCACCUCUCAUA